AGAGAGGUCCAUCGAACAGAUGACGUGUUACAGCGGCCGGGUCCUUGCUUCUUCCGGGUCGGUGUAAAUAGUGUGCGGUCCUGUCAUACAAGUCAGUAAAAUGUCGAAAGUAACGUUUAAAAUCACGCUGACGUCGGACCCUCGGUUACCAUAUAAAGUAUUAAGUGUACCUGAGAGCACGCCGUUCACGGCCGUUUUGAAGUUUGCAGCGGAAGAGUUUAAAGUGCCAGCAGCCACCAGUGCCAUAAUUACAAAUGAUGGCAUCGGAAUCAACCCGGCGCAGACAGCAGGAAAUGUGUUCCUGAAACACGGCUCGGAGCUACGAAUCAUUCCCAGAGAUCGGGUUGGAGGAUGUCACCAGGCCAGGAUGUGACUAUCCAGUACUUUUCUGUCACAGACGAUGAACAUGCUUAUGCAUUGUCCGGCCCUGAGGUGUCAACUCUCAGCUGCUCUAACUGGGACUGCUGCGGCUCCAAAUCUGUCAGAGGACCUCACAAAUCUCACCGAGCUGGCAUCACAGCCCCCUUCUCAAAGAUACACUCUUGCAGGAUGUUGUCGAUUUGUUGUGCCCCAAACCACUAGAUCUUUUGAUCUUUCACAAAAUAUUCCAGCUCUGUUUAAGAUCGCAUACAUAUUGUGUUCAUUAUGCAUGCUUUUACAUGUCUUAAAUACAUAAUGUCUACUUCAAGUCCAAUUAAAUGUUUAAAUAAUGU